AUGUCGGUCAAUUCCCCGCCCAUUUACACUAUCGACCUCGCCCUGCCACCACGCUUACGCUACAAAGCCGUUACAAGAGACUAUGCCCCUGUCCUGCACCAGAUAACUAGCCUCUAUACCGAAGUAGUCGCACACCUCAAGUUGCCUCCUUUUUUCUUCCAUUUCCUCGGCCGCUUACUGCUUCGCCGCCUCGCCAGCAACGAGCAAACCGAGGAGUUACGCGGAAUCAGCGAAGAAUGCGGCGUACCCAUGUACCUUCUUGUCGCCUACAAUGUUUUUCUCGACUUGCUUCUAGGCUGUAUGAGUGGCGGUGCGCUAGUCAAGAAGCCUAAGCAAUUAGAUCGAGAAGAAGGGGAAGAGGGCGACGAAGAAGUGACAAUGAUGCACUUCCGCAUACUAGACUGGUCCAUGCCUCUACUCCGAGACUUCAUUGUGCAAUUCAACUAUAUCAAUUCACCGCAGGGAGAAGCCAUAGCGCGGACAGUAGGCUAUGUAGGUUUCGUCGGCGUCCUAACAGGCGUACGCAAAGGCCUCAGCGUAUCUCUCAACUUUCGUCCUUACCACAAUGCAUCAGGCCUAUCCUUUGAGAACGCACGAUACUAUUGGAACACACUGCUCGUCCUUCUAGGCCGACGCCCAAGCAUCACAACCGUAAUCCGCGACUUCCUACUCCCCAGACCCACAGAAACACCGCAAGUCCGCCGAAAACUCUCCAAAAAAAGAGGAAGAAACGGCCGAAAAGAACACAGCGAAGGUAAGGGAAAAGAGGGAUUAGUACCAGCCUAUCACCCUCCACACCCCCCAGACGCAAUAACCUCCUUCCUCCCCACCCUCCCCACUCCAGUCGCCUACCUAAUCUUCUGCACCCCGCACGAAACCCUUGUCCUAGAAAAAGACUUUCAAACCGCAACCAUACUCCGCUCCCCAACCUUCCUGGCCACAACAAAUCACGACGUCGCCCUCGAACCCGCUUCUCCCUCUCAACCCCCCACUACCUCGCCUGUUCAACCCCACAUCCACGCUUUCCUACAGACAAGUAUUUUCCUGCGAGUAAGCGCCCAGGAUAUCCUGGACGACAGUGUCUACCGCAAAGAAUGCUUGACGCUGGCGUGGCGGGCGUGGCGGCGGCGGCAACGACAGGAAGAGGAGCGUGCGGAGGAGCACUCGGAAAUAGGGGUCCCGUUAAGUACGCUGGAGAGGUGGGUGGAGAGGUGGCCGGUGAGUAAUGCGAUGACGCAUUUUGCAUGCAUUAUGGACCCUGCGGCCGGCGUGUUUAGGUGGAUCAGGAAGUUUGAGGCUGGUGAGAUUGAGGAGCCGGUUGCAGUGGGGGAGGGAGAGUCCCAGCAAGAUAGGGAGGAAGAAAGGAAUGAAAAUGUCUGA